GAUUCAAGACGGACGAUUUCAAAGAAGCUGGUAGGUACUUUGUAAAAGUUCAUUUGAAUAAAAGCCUUUCUUUUCGUAUGUCUUAUGUCCCAGAUGAAUCAGGUGAAAAUGGGAAGAGAUUCAGGAGCCUAAUGGAAACAUACACUAUGUAUAUGUUUUUUCUCACACUGGCUUUGAUGUACCCCAACCCACGCACUGAGCGCAAGAGGAAGAGGUUUAUCGCGGCGUUCAUCCUGAGCACAGUGCCAUCGCUGGUGAUCGUGAGCGCCGACAUGCGCUUGCGCAUCCUGCGCGGCGACAUGGCCAACCUGGUGCGCCAGUCCAUCAUCAUGGUAUCCCUCGUCUUUACCAUCAUCAAGCUCAUCCUAACGAUAAUCCGUAAGAAGGAGUUGAGAGAGAUAAUCGACGAGAUAAAUGAAGACUACGAAACCUUCAACGAUUUACCAGCAGAAUGCCAAGCCAUUGUGGCAGACACAAUCAAAACUACGAAGACUCUUGAAAAAACUUGGAUUGUUAUUUUGGCGGUCACUGCGUCCUCUUACCCGGUGCUCGCCUGUGCUUGCACCAUCUACUCUCAGAUGCUGUCGGAUGAUCCUAAACGUUUCAUGGUGCAUGAGACGGCCAUGAUCUUCCUCACUGAAGAGCAGAAGUACCAGACGCCUUACUUCGAAGCGAUAUCGAUUUACUCGCUGUAUAUAGUUUGGGUCGUCUUUCUUGGAUUUUCGGGUUAUGAUGGCAUGUUCUCAGUGUGCAUAUUGCAUGUGUCCCUAAGAAUUAAACUAUUCAGGCACAACCUACAACACGUUCUAGACGACCUGGAUGAUAUACCUAAAAUAAAAGCCAAUAUAGCCCACUUUGUGGGGCAGCAUUGUGCAGUUAUGAGAUUGAUCUCAAAAAUCCAAAAGUGUUUCGAAGUUUGGCUCGUUGGAAUAUUCUUCAAUGCAGUCGUGCAAAUCGGAAUGGCUCUGAUUCAAAUAACGAGUAACGCUGAAGCGGAUAUAAACGCAAUGUACUACUUCUACGCGGUGGCUACAACGGUGCACAUCUAUGUGCCCUGCUACCUCGCGUCCGAUGUCACUCAUCACGCUGUGGAAGUAGCGACGGUAGCGUACAGCAUCCCGUGGGAGUCGGUGCAGGACACAGGCAUUAAGAGAUCGGUCGCUAUCAUCAUAGCCAGGGCUCAGACCCCUAUCAACUUCGAGGCUCUAGGCAUGCUGACUUUUAAUAUGGAACUCUUUGUAUCUAUUCUGCAAACAUCAUAUUCAAUGUACACACUUUUGCGAUCUUAAAACUGUAAUCUUUCUAGAAAAAAGUAAAAGUGUUACAAAAUAGUCACCACUGCAAAUUAAUAGAG